AGUCGAUAACAAUAAAGAAGUUUAUAAAAAGGUAAACGGCAGAAAAACAGAAUUCGUUUUAAUAAUUAUUUUAAAAAGCCGUCGAAAUGCCGAUAAUGCACGAUACUGGUGAAUGGUUUAAAGUUCGGCCUGACUAUUACAGAAAAGUCGAGUUGACGACUCCCGAUUGGCCCAUUGAUUUGGACCUGGAGUAUAUGCAGGUGGUGGUCGCGCCCUAUGGGGGUCCUUUGGCUGCAAUACGCGAUCGAACAAAAGUGGGGCCUGUCAAGGGCAGUGCAAAGCCGAUUAUACGAAUUUUGGACACCACCGGACAAGAGCUCGGCAAAAUACUCUGGAAUCAUGGUAAUCUCGUUGCCAUGGGUUGGUCAGACACAGAAGAGCUGCUUUGUGUGCAGGAGAACGCUGUAGUAUUUGUUUACGAUAUGUUUGGACGCGAGAAGGAGUCUUACAGCAUAGGCCAAGAAGCCAGUGUAACAAAGAUUGUGGAAGCCAAAGUAUUUCAAUCAACUGCUGGCACAGGAGUAGCUGUAAUGACCACUUCCGGUCGCAUUUUUCUGAAACAAAGCAGCAAGGCGCCAAUGCGAAAGUUACCCGAUAUACCCCAAUCUAGCGCCAAUUGUACAUGUUGGGAGAUCAUAACGGAGGAACGCAAUAGCUACUGCUUGCUGGGGCGGGAGCGAGAGAUUAUUAAAUUAUUUCCUGGUGAAACGGUGGGCACUAUAACCGCCAAUCUCUUUGAGAAACCUACUGAUGGUGAACGAAUCAUCAAGUUGUCCGUUUCGUACAACCAUCAGCACUUGGCAUUGUACACCAACAAGGGUUUGUUAUGGUUGGGCAGCGUGGACAUGCGACAGAAGUAUUGUGAAUUUGACACUGGUCGCAAGGAUAUGCCACUCCAAAUUGAAUGGAUCAUGAACAGCGAUAACUCUGAUUCUGAUGCGGUCGUCAUCUCGUACCCCUCAUUCCUGUUGAUUGUUAAUCGACAUGCAGACAGGAGCGACUUUCCCUAUGAUCCUAUCAUGUUUCUAGUUGCGGAAAUGGACGGUGUACGGGUAAUCACACAAAAUAGUCACGAAAUGAUUCAGCGCCUGCCUAAAUGUGUAGAAAAUAUCUUUGCGGUUAAUAGCCAGGAACCGGCAAGCUAUUUGUUCGAAGCGCAAAAGAAAUUCGAGGAAAAAUCAUACAAAUCGGAUGAAUAUUUGAGUAUGUGUCGGUCACAAAUCGAUCUCGCUGUAAACGAAUGCAUCGCGGCAGCUGCCCAUGAGUUCUGUACUGAAACUCAAAAAAGCCUGCUGAGGACAGCGUACUUUGGCAAGGGGUUUAUACCGUCGCACAACCCUGAUGAAUACAUUCGAAUCCUUAGAAUCUUACGCGUUUUAAAUGCGCUGCGCCACCCAAAAAUUGCGAUGCCCCUGACAUACAAGCAAUUUUCGUACCUAAAACCUGAAGUAGUAUUGAGUCGGUUGGUAUUCCGCAAACACUAUGCUAUCGCUAUACAAGUGGCAAAGCAUCUGAAACUACCCGAGUCAUCUAUUUUGGAGCACUGGGCCUAUCACAAAGUGAUGCACGAUCCAAAUGACAAUGAAGUUGCUCGUAAAAUUACCGAAAAAUUCAAAAAUCCAUCUAUUGAAGGCAUCUCGUUUUGUAAUAUUGCCGAGAAAGCACAUCAAAGCGGUCGUGAUGAUUUGGCCAUUAAGUUGUUGGAACUUGAACCGCGAGCCUUUCUGCAGGUCCCUUUGUUGUUGAAGCUGGGCAAAUAUGAUCGGGCAGUGGCUAGCGCUACUCAAUCUGGGGACACAGAACUUGUAACUACGGUGCUUUUGGAAAUUAAAAAAAAAAUGAUGCUGUCUAAUUUCCAUAUGAUCAUAAAUGGAUACCCUUUGGCCUUAAACAUGUACAAGAAAAUUAUGGCCCAAUCUAGUCGAACUGCCCUUUACGAUAUUUACAACGCUAUGGAUGAUCAAAAGGCUAUGGCAGAAUAUCAUUUUCUGAACGCCAUCGAGAGCAACGCACUGGAGUCCAAUUUGUCGUUAAUUGCAAAUAGCUACACUCAAGGAAGACGUGCUGUCGAGGCGGAGCUUUGUACCGAUACAGGGCGUCUGCUCAAGUUGCAGAAGGCUCUAACAACCAAGCACAACAGUGUACAUGGACAUAUCCCAUUUUAUGGAAUGUCUGUUCACGAUACAAUGUUGCAACUGCUUCGAAUGGGCGAGCAAAAGGAGGCGGAGAAAAUAAAAAGUGAUUUCAAAGUUCCAGAUCGCAGAUAUUGGUGGUUACGCAUACGCACGCUGGCCGAAAAUCAUAAAUGGGAUGAUCUGGAGAAGUUUUCCAAGUCGAAGAAGAGUCCGAUAGGCUAUGAGCCAUUCGUCGAGGUUUGCAUGGAACAGGAAAAUGCGCGUGAGGCUCGCAAGUAUAUCGCUCGCUGUCGUGAGGAUCGGAAGGUAUAUUGGUACAUCCGUGCUAAGCUAUUCGAAGAGGCUGCUGAUUGUGCUUACGAACAAAGAGAUCGUCACGGUCUGGAUGAAAUAAUGAGGAAGGAAGCUGUAACAAGUGAUCCCAGUUUGCUGAGAAAAAUUGCUGACUAUGUCAACGGACUGGAAGCGAGAAGAUAAACGGAACAUUCCAUCAGAUAAUUAUACUAUAAUACCAACACUAUACAAAAAUGUUUAAAUCUUACGCAGCAAUACUAUCAUCAUAAAAUAUCAGUUUGUUUUUGUUUUUAAGGACAUUUUAUUGUACAUAUAUCUGUAUAUGUAUUAUGUAUUUGUAUGUAAUAGAUCACAUAAAGCAAAAAGAGAAUAUUUUACUACUUAUAUAUCAUGAUGUUGUUGCUUUCCUUUUGGGUUACUUGUUGUUCAAUCUCUCAACCCAUUUAUUACUCCCGAAAUUACUA